AUGGCCUUGCAUCUUGUGCCACCCCAGCCCAGCAGCGAAGAAUCUGCUUCCAAUCAAGGCGACGCCGCCGAGCCUUGCUUCGAUGACAACUCAUCUGAUCUCGCCCAGACUCCCGUUUCCAACCAUGGCUCCGUCGUUGACGCUAUAGAAGACCAUGAAUCCGGCCGUGACCAUGACGGUGGCUGGUUGACUCCCCAAGAUAUGGCCAUCCUCAAGGUCCUCGGCAGCGAACCAUGUCCCAUGAACUGCUUGGGACAGCACCAUCAUCAAUGCCUCAAGCGACUUCCCUCUGGCACCAAGCCUGUAAAACUGGUCGGCGAAGGUUCCGCCAAUGCCGUCUUUGAGAUAAAAGUCCCGCCUCGCGAUCGUGCCGGCCGUGACCUUAAAGGAUAUCUUUUGAGGGUUGCCAAGGUGCCCUCGCUCGGAGCUGCGCCGACUUACAACUAUGUCUAUCAGCAGCAGUUCCUCCAGACCACAAUCAAACCCAUCCUCGGCGACCACGUAGUAAACCAGGAGCUGGUUGUGCUCCAUAAGACGGGCAUCAUCCAAGAGCUCAACAACCUUUUGAGAACUAUAGACCACACCCGCAAGGACAAGUUCAAAGGGACAUAUGUCGGGGAGACCGACUUGGGGUUCCUCGUAGAGGACAUGCGACCUCAAGAUCCAGAGACUUGUACUCUCGUCGAGUUUAAGCCUAAGUGGCUGUCGCAGUCCCCCUCUGCGCCAAAGAACGCCAUCAGAUGCCGCCAGUGCGCCAUGGAGCUGCGCAACCUCGUCAAGGACUUGUCAAGGAAUAAAGCACGACCAGAACAGAAACCAUGUCCUCUGGCUCUCAUCAGCUCGGAUUCCCCCUGGCCAGUCCGCUCCCCGUUCAGAAUGGCCCCGCAUCUUGAAAACCAGGGUAGCAAGGAGUUUUACUUGGAGGCCCUGGGGGCCAUCCCAACCCAUCCCGCCAUUCGCGACUUGAAGGCGCAGCAGGACAUUCACGACACGGUCGGUCCAUUGUAUGCCGCCUCGUCGGAUCCAUUCUUCCCCCUGGCCAUGACCCUCCGCGACUGCACAUGCUUUGCCCAGAUACACAAAUGCACGCCGUCAGUGCGGAUUAGGUUUGGCGACUUUGAUUGGAAGGACCCCCAGGUCAAAUUUGAACGGUGGCGAGGCGUCGAGGAAGAACUCAUCGAGAAGGGGUUUUAUACAGCCGAAUGGAUCCUUUGCGAUGGCACCUUCUACCGGCCGCCAACGCUCUGCCUCCUCGAGCACAUGCCGACAGUGUCCAAAAAGGACAUGGCCAUCAUCGAGAUACGCGACUCCAAAGAAGAUCGGUCCACUGACCCGCAACAGCAUGCUUUUCCAUUGCAGGCCCCCCCGGGGACCAAGAUUCACAGAUGUCAGACGAACACGGCCGUCCUGAAGCGACUUCUGGAACCAUAUAAGAAGGAGGCGCCGGAUUUCACAAGACCGGCGCGUAAAAGGUCGGCAUCAUGA